ACAGCGCGUCUUGCAGAGAGAACCACAGAAGAAGAGGCGACCCGGCGGCCACAGCAGGCAGGCUAUCACUCAUCUGCCACUGGGCUAAUAUGCGCCUUUAACUGAGAGUUAAGAAAUUAAACCGGAUGCCUCUAUGAUCCAGCUAACCUUACAGCGAGAUAUACAGUGUUCAGUUUGCACAAGAGGUGAGCCAUGGCUGAACCCAACCCGUCCCGCCCCCAGAGGAAGAUGUCCACCGCCGGGGAGAGCGUGUACAAGGUGUUAGGCCUGGAGAAAGGAGCGACAGCUGAGGACAUCAAGAAAGCGUACAGGAAACUAGCGUUGAAGUACCACCCUGAUAAGAACCCCGACAACCCGGAGGCGGCGGAGAAGUUUAAGGAGAUCAACAACGCCAACUCCAUUUUAAACGAUGAGACCAAGAGGAAGAUCUAUAACGAGUACGGCUCCAUGGGCCUCUACGUGUCCGAGCAGUUCGGAGAGGAGAGCGUCAAAUACUACUUCCUCAUGUCCAAAUGGUGGUUCAAGGGUCUGGUGCUGUGCUGCACAAUGUUCACCUGCUGCUGCUGCUGCUGCUGCUGCUGUUUCUGCUGCGGGAAGUGUAAACCACCUGACGAUGACGAGAACUACCAGUACGUCAACCCCGAAGACCUGGAGGCUCAGAUCAAAGCCGAGCAGGACGGAGGUUACACAGUAAUCAUAGGCCAGCCCAAAUCUAAUGUGGGUCCAGAAAGCCCAGAAGGCCAGAGUCAGCCCAUCCCCCUGCCGCUGCCGCUGCCGCUGCCUCCACCUGAGUCCAAGUCUCCAACCUCCCCGAGUCCAGCAGGGGAAGAAAACCCCGGGGAGACCCUGCCAGAGUCGAAGUGACUCGUAAGAGCCGCCUCGUCUAACUUGUGUGUCACGUCGUCGUUGUCUUCAUCCGUACUGUUUUGCUUGUCAGCUGCUUGUCUGGCUGCACGUGGCUCAUCGCUGCUGCUUCACUCAUCCAUAACAAAACCCUCGAUGUCCGAUCAUCACUGUAACGUUCACCAAGUCGUCAUGUGCAUGCGUGAUGGUCCCAUGUGCUUGUUGUCAGUGUUGUAUUCAGUCAAUGUACCGCUUGCUUGAAAUUGCCGCCAGAAAAAGAAGCGUUGCAGAAUUAAUUACUGCAGCUUCAACCAGCAUCGUGUACU